AUGGCUGACCUCGCAAAACCGGAGUACGUCUCCUGCACCGAGACGAGCGUGACGAUCAGCACGGCUGGCGGGGAGGGCGUCACCGUCGAGUACAAGGAGUACCCCGAGGACUGGAGCGACGCGAAGAGCGUUGCGGCAGCCGCCGAGUGCACCGUCGAAGAGCUGAACCCCGGCUCGACGUACCAGUUCCGGCUGGCGCAGGGCGAGGCGCGCGGUCCCGAGCUCGUCGUCGACACUGCUGCACCCAACUGCACGCCGGGGCCGUCAAAGGCGUGCUGCGUGGUCGCGUGAUGCGCCCCGCCGAGCCCACGGCCGGAAGCAGACCCAGGUGGCGCGUCGUCUUUGCCGCGUUCGCCGCGACCGCGCACGGGCCCGGCGUGCAUUAUAUAUAUGGCGUGUUCCAGGCGGCCUUGCUGGACGCGAGAUUUUCAUCUUCGCGCGCGUUACUGGGCGGCGCCGGCGGCCUCAGCACGUGUUUGAUGCUCCUCGGCGCCCGGCCGGCCGGCACGCUGCAGGCCGCGCACGGCGCGGGGUUCGUCGUCGGCGGCGGCGCGGCGGUCGCCGUCGUCGGCUUGCUCCUUUCAGCAGCGGCGACGGAGCUCUGGAUGCUCUACGUCGGCUUCGGCGUGCUGGUCGGCGUGGGACACGCGCUGCAAUUCGCGCCGUGCCCCGUGGCCGUGGCGGAAGCCUUCGACGGCUCCGACCGGGCGGCGGUCGCCUCGGGCGUCGCCACGUCGGGCGCCGGCGCGGGGACCGCGGCUCUAGGGGCCACCGUGGCGGCCGUGGUCGUCUGGCGCAACUGGCGCGUCGCCUUCGUCGUCGUCGCCGCGUCGACCGUGCUCUUCCUCGCACCGGCCGCGGCCGUGUUCAGACACGCGGACCGAUGGCGGCGCGAGGUUGACAAGGUCACGUCGCUAAAAAUGUCGCGGCGUCUGAAGCACCUCUGCGCAACUGCGUUUUGCUACGCCUUCGGCUGGGAGGUGCCCUUCGUCCACCUCGUGUCGUACGCGGAGGACGCCGGCCACGCGCCGUCGCGGGCGGCGGGCGUCGUCGUCGCCGUCGGGGUGGGGGGCUCCGCCGGUCGCAUCUUGAGCGCGCGCUGCGCGGAUGCGGUCGGCGUCCAAGCGGUCUUCGCUGUACUCAUUUUCGUGACGGCGCUAGUCGAUGUCGUGCUGCCGUGGGUCAUUGAAUACGCGAGCGCUCUUUAUGUAUACGGAUUUGUGGUGGGUACUACCGCGGGAGGAAUAAUCGCCCUCACAACGCCAAUGGCGCGUACUUGUCUCACAGAUACAUCAGGGCUGCCGCAAGCCUCCGGCGCCGUCUACUCGUCGAUGGCGGCUGGCGUGGUCGCGGGACCGGUGCUCGUUGGCCUUGUUCGCGAUCAAAUAG